GGGGUGAAGCGCCCGAGGCUAGGGUCAGUGGCUAAGCGAGGAAAGGUGGCGAACCCCUAAUUUCUGGAGCGGGGCCGCCAAAGCCGCACCUCUUGCUAUAAUAAGCAAAUGCAGAGGAGGUGGCCUUGGGGAAGACUCAAGAGGGAGUAACUUGGCCCACCCUCUCACGAUUUCAGCCCCCUUUCAAUAGGAUUGGCGUGGGUAGGGCCGGCCCACCCCAUGAAGCAAGGAAAACGCUUGAAAACCCUUUUCUUGAAGGAGGGAUGACAUGUAAUGGACCAGAUAACUGUGAAGCUCGUGCCACUCCAGAGGAUGAUCCUGACCAAGAUCUUGCUAAAGAAUGCUCCAGACUACAAACAUUUACCAAUUUUCCAAGUCACUGUCCUAUCUCCUCCUCAACUCUAGCCCAAGCUGGUUUCUUCUACACUGGAGAGGGAGACAAAGUAAAGUGUUUUAGUUGUCAUGCAGUCAUUGAAGGAUGGCAAAAUGGGGACUCGGCAGUUGGAAGACAUAGAACUGUUUCUCCAAACUGCAAGUUUAUUAAUGCCAUUAAGAUUCUGAAGAAUGAUACGCAUUCUGUUUUCCCAAACUGUUCACACAGAACUGAAAUCAGCCUUGCAGCUGACUCUCCCCAACCCCCUCUUGAUCCAUCCUCUGAUCUCUAUGCAGAUUAUCUUUUGAGAAGUGGGCAAGUGGUAGAUCUCUCUGGUUCUCUGUACCCCAGAAAUCCUGCCAUGUGUAGUGAAGAAGCCAGGCUGAGAUCUUUUCACAACUGGCCCUCCCAUACUCUUAUCACUCCGAAAGAGCUGGCCCAUGCUGGACUCUAUUACACUGGCACUGGUGAUGAAGUUGAGUGUUUCUGCUGUGGAGGAAAACUGAAAAACUGGGAACCUUCUGAUCGUGCUUGGUCAGAGCACAGACGCCACUUCCCUAGGUGUUUUUUUGUCCUCGGCCACGAUGUGGGAAAUGUUGGAAGUGUUUCAAAUCAAUCUGGUGAUACCAGCCUGGAUAGAAGUGACAUACAUAAUGCUGACCUUCCCCAAACUCCAUCUAUGGCAGAUUACGAAAACCGAAUCAAGACUUUUGCAACAUGGAGGUAUUUGGUUAGCAAGGAGCAACUUGCCCAAGCAGGCUUUUAUAGCCUAGGUAAUGGUGAUAACGUUGCAUGCUUUCACUGUGGUGGAGGAUUACAAGAGUGGAAGACAGAUGAAGAUCCUUGGGAGCAGCAUGCAAAAUGGUUUCCUGGGUGCAAAUACCUGAUAGAAGAAAAGGGGCAAGACUUUGUGAAUAACAUUCAUUUAACACCACAACAGGAUUCUACAAUAGAGGAAGCAGAGAAGUUUUCACACUUUACAGAUGAGGAACUUUUACAGAACCAGCUGGUACAGAAUGCAAUGCACAUGGGUUUCAGCCUGGAUGAAAUUAGGAGCACUGUGGAAAGGAAAUGUCAUCUGUCCGCAGAGGGCUACAGAUCUAUUGAGACAUUGGUCACUGACUUAAUCAGUGCCCAAAGAGAUAAUAACCCUAGUGCAUCCUGCGAAAGCACCUUGCAAAAAGAUCUCAGUGCUGAAGAGAAAUUAAGAAGUUUGCAAGAAGAAAAGCUUUGCAAAAUCUGUAUGGAUAAAACUAUAUCAGUAGUCCUCAUUCCUUGUGGACAUCUUGUUGCUUGUAAGGACUGUUCUGAAGCGGUUGACAAAUGUCCUUUGUGUUGCACAGUUAUUACAAAAAGGCAGAAGGUAUAUAUGUAUUAAUAAAAGCAUCAUACUAUGCAACUGGAAAACUCCUACCAUUACAGAAAUAGAUUGACUGCAUAUGCAGUGUUAAUAUGUAAAUGGUUUUAAAGGAAAUUAAGCUUAAAUUGAAUGCACUGAUUUACUCUAUGAAUUAUGUAGCUGCUAAAUUGUGUGUACUUUGACUCACUUUAGUCCUGAUGGCCUGACCCCGAGAGCCACAAUGUAUGUAGAGGCAUCAGAAAGCUGUCCUGAGAUGGUAUAUAGGGCAAUAUUUAGUUAUGUCACCCACCACCACCUGCAGUCUGAAGGGAUACAGCUCAAGCAGAAGCUUACUUCCCCAGUAAGAACUAGGCUAGAGUUGCCCUGAGGUCUAGCCAAAGUUUUGUCCCAUGAAUGGCAAAGUGUUUGAAGAAUGUUUCACACCAGGGCAGAGAGAAUCGGUAGAUCAACAUUAUUUUAUAUCGCUUAGGAUGCAGUGGCAAGUUGAUUGCACUUCAUGUGUCUUUGUCAUAGAAAUGGAAAGCACAUUAUAUCUCUACAACAUUCAGUUUUCAUAAUGCAUGUAUAUAAAUAAUUUAUGUUGUUGUUUUAUGUCUAGACCUUCUAGGAUGUUUGGGGAGUUUCAGAACAAUAGCUUUUUGUUGGUGUUUUUAACUCUAAUGACUCUUUAGUCUCCAGUUGAGAGUUGAAUUGCUGAUGGGGAACCUCUCCUAUAUGUCAGAAGGCUUAUUCCAGUGAUUUGAAGGAAAUAGUUGAAAAUUAAUCCUAUUUUGUACAAUUUGUAUUUCAAAAUAUUUACAUCUACUAGUGUUAAAUGUCAGGUGGUUAUGUUUCCCCUUCCACCAGCUCACUUAAUAUAUUUGUUACUGGUGUCUCUUUCUUGUUGACUUUGCAAAUGGAUUUGUUGAAUUUUGCCAUUCUGUAGAUCUAUAUAUAUCAUGCUGCUUACUAUCAUGGUUAGAUCUGCAUGAACACUAACUGAAAAUAUGUGUGACAUCUUACAUGCAUAAAUCUAUAUGAUUUGGGCUUUUUCCAUUAAACUGCAACAUUACAGCUGCAGUUCUGCCUGAGUUCUAUAUUUGGAAAUGCUGUUGACUUUAUUGGGAGUUACAAAAGAGCAUAGGAUUGCAAUAUUUGGGCUUGAUUUAAAACACUGUUAGGACCAUUCCCUUAAGUUGCUAGAAGGAGCAGCAUGGUGGCACAGAUAAGUCUCUGAGCCCCAGGGCUGGCAGCAAGUUUUUGUAGUAGCUGUAGGGCACCAUGCCCUGCUGCUCUGUGGAACUGCAUUGUGGAACAGGCUUUAAAUGUAUUUGCUAGUUGAUUUGAAAACAAUCCAAAGGAUAAAUACCUCCAAGAUGUGCAGUAAUCAAACAGGCUUUUGUAUAACAUUUGGUUUCCCACUUACUUUAGAGUUAUCUACAAGUCACAUGUUUUGAAUAUGAUUCACAUUGGUUAAGCUCAGUCAACCUAAUGCUGUUGUUCAUUGUAGUUUGUGUAAGAGCACACAGCCUAUCAACAUUAAUUAGUACUGUGCAGCGGCACUGCUAGUUAAAUUAUACCCUUCGUUGGUAAUUUAUCCAUCCUGAUGGUUAUAUCUUUGUAGCUUUCAUUCUUAUCCAUUUGUGUUUGCAUCAUAAUGAGAAUAUGAUCUGUAUCCAAAAGGGAUUUCCACAGCAUUUAUUCACCCUCCCCACUUCUUUCACUUUAUUUUAAAAUAUAUUUUUUAAUUUUAUUACAAUUGAUAGCAGCUUUAAACUAUGUAUAUUUUGUGGACAAUAUUUAAACACACUUAUGCAAACAAAUAGGUUUGGAAUCUAACUGUAUAAUGAGUUUUGAUUGUAAAUAUUGUUGAUCUAUAACUAUAAAAUAAUGGUUCACCACCAUCUGGAGCAAAUAUAUGCCAAUGUCUUGACAGGUGAUAUAUUUUUUUAAAAGUAGUAUAAUCAUGUAAUAUAAUCUUAGUACUAUUUUGCAGUUCAACUCUGACGAUUUUUAAUAAAGUGAUUUUAUAUUA